UGAUCCGGUUAUGGUAAUUUGUCAAAAUGGCGGCAUCCAAGUUCGUCUCCGAGCCCACAACCUACAAGAAUCCUGCUAAUUUUGCCUUAUAAGUUUCAUUAUGUCCUCAGUGGCGAUGAUAAGAGGAAGAGUAGGAACCGAGGGAUCAGAAAACGUCGGAACGGAGUUGGCGCGCGAUCUCGCCGCCGAACAGAAGGACCAUCCCGCAGGCCAAGCCCAGGUGAUGGCAUCUCAACCUGAACAAAAGUCCGACUCGGGAGGGAACAACAGCCCUGGUGGGCCAGACUCCGCCUUGGCACAGCAACAAGCCGACAUCAUUCUGGACCAGUCAGCUGUGAACGUGGCAUCUAUACCAGGCGCUGGGCUUCAGCAGGGCGUGGUUCCCGUCCAGCUCAGUCCGGGUGUGACCAUCCUACCUGGUGUGGCGAACAAUGCUGGCCUCAUCACCAACUCUGUGGAACAUGAGCAGAGGAGGUACAGGAAGAGGGCAGUGCAUAAUGAAGUUGAGAGAAGGAGAAAGGACAAGAUAAAUGCAGGUAUCCUGAGGAUUGGAGAACUUCUACCAUGCACACAGCAGGAGAAACAGGUUGUGAGUAAACGAGGUAUUCUUGACAAGGCGUAUGACUACAUUGUGAAGCUGAGUAAGGAACAUGAACACAUGCUGAUGAAUGGAGGGUCACCUGUGCAAGCAAUGGAGAUCAAGAGACUGAGGGAGCAGAUCAACGAGUUGACCGUGGAGAAGGACAGGUACGAGAAAGUGCUGAAUCUGCACGGGAUCUCCAUCAGCCACGACCCCACCCUGAUGUGGAAGGGCAAGACCAAGGCCGUCAGUCCCGUUGGGCCGUACAAGUCUGUCACGCCGCUGGUGAUCCGUCACGUCAAGACAGAGAGCCAGCAGGUUGUGUUAGGCAGUCCGCUAGCAAGUGGACUGAACACACAGGCGAACAGUAAGGGAGGGGAAAUCCCACUUGUGCAGACACCCAACGGGCUGCAACAGGCUGUCCACACAGGGAUGUCUGGACUUCUGAUGACGAAGCCAGCGGCUAGUUCAUCAGUGGUUGGCCAGCAGGUCCCUAUUGGUCAGACGGUUGUCAAUCAGGCCGGAGGUCUGGUCAACCUUGUCCAAGUCCCUACGCCAGCUGUCAAAGUCUUCCCUUCCAUUGUGGGGAGUUCAGCAGGGCCCGGAGCCCUUCAGGUCAACCCUACAGUCAACACAGCAAACAUGUCGCUUGUUUCGCCACUGAUGAGUGCAGGGAGUGGAGCGGUGCUCGGCUCGCAGCCCUGUGCCUCCACAGUACAGACCAGCAUGGCAAAAGUACCACAAAACACAGCAGUUCAGGGUGCCAUGGGACCCACUGUCAUCCCAAUUCUAGGGAGUGCACCGAGUGCCACUGUAGGUUCAUCCCAGGCAAUAAACACACCGUCGUCAGUAUCUCCCUAUCUCAUACAGCCACAGAACUCUCUACUGGGACAGAACGUCCUGGGCACAAACUCUGUUCUAGUGAACACGGUCUCCCAAGUGGGGGGUGUGCAGAACCCAAGCUAUGUGACGGUCACCGUCAUGCCAAAUAAUAUGCCCAGCACACAGGAGGUACCUCUAGCCAAUGGGCAGCCAGUUCUCAUGUCAGCCGGUCAGGUGGGGAAUUCGGCUGUACCUGCCAAUCAAAUUCAGUACCUUCCUGUGCCGGGGGUUCCCCAGAACGUGCAGGGCUCCAUGAACCAGUUGAGCACGACAGAAACAGUUCAGCACCCACAGUUCUCCAACAUGCUGGCCACUCAGAACAUGAAUGCCGUUGGCAUGCUUCCCGUAAGUGCCUGUACCAACCUCACCAAUGUGUCCCAAAGCACUGCCGUGCCAAGACUGUCCACAGGGAUCACGAAUAGUCUGACAUCUCCUGUCCUAAAUAACAACAGUACGAAGCCGGUCACAAGCAUGGUUUGGUCCACCACCACUAUGCCCAGACCAGGCUUCAACAACAUUCAGGUACCGGGAGUGAAUGGCAUGCAGGUAGUAGCUGGUCCGACCAUUAACUCCAGUGGGACCCUGAAGCUGCCUCUGCCCAGUAACCCUAACGUGGUGCCCAACAUGACGGGUCCCAUGUUCACCAUCCUGCAAGGUCCUGGCAACCAGAUCAUCCUCAUGCCUGUGGUCACCAGUGCAGGAUCAGGCACCAGUCUUCCUCAAGUUGUCGUCUUCCAGCAGUGACAGCAAGAAAAAGUCGAAG